UGUAUGUAUAAUAUAAAAAUCAUCAUCAUAUAUAUAAUAUACCACCAUGAUCUGCUUUUAAUCCAACACUCACACUUCCCCUUUUUAACUAAAAAAAAAUCUGAUUUUUAUAAACCCAUUUUCUUGUUUCUUCACUGGUUGAUUUACACCACUUGCCGAUUGGUUAUCUGUACACAAUCUUUAGUUUCCUCCGAUAUUGAUAAUACCCAAGAACUCCCAUUGUUUUCAUCAAGAUUCUCACUUUAUUUUUUAAAUAUUAUGUAGUGUGACAUAUUUCUGGGUAUAAGUAGGUUUUGGGGGCUUGUUUUGUGGUGUAGAUUGGAAUAAUACUUGAACUUUAGUCAUGGAUUUGAAAAUGUUUUAUACAAAAUCAGUUUUUGUGUCAAAUUUGAUUGGUCCCAUGUUGUCUUUCUCCACUUCCAACUGCAAGUUUGGUGCUCUUAAGGUUUACAAAGGUAAUUCUCAAGGGGGUGUUAGUUUUGUUGGGCAAGAUGCAUAUGAGGUGGGAGAUUGUUCAUAUAGAUAUGAUGGGUCGGGCUCGAACCCGAGUUUGUUUACGGAAAAACGAGUUCUUGAUGCAUUUGAUGAUGAGUAUGGUGGUGUUGUUGUGAAUCCGGAGAAGCUACCGUUUGAGAGUAAAGUGUUUGCGUCUAUCCUUCGGUCAUCUGUUUCGGUUUGGAGGACAGAGGGUAAGAAAGGAAUUUGGCUAAAGUUGCCUGUAGAAAAAUGUGAUCUUGUUCCUAUAGCAGUAAGGGAAGGGUUUCAAUACCAUCACGCGGAAACAGGAUAUGUUAUGAUGACAUAUUGGAUUCCUAAUGAACCGUGUAUGCUUCCUGCCAAUGCUUCCCAUCAAGUAGGAGUCGGUGGUUUCGUGAUCAAUGACAAGAAUGAGGUUCUUGUGGUUCAAGAGAAACAUUGUGCACCCGAGCUUGUCGGGCUUUGGAAGCUACCAACGGGCUUCAUUCUUGAGUCGGAGGAGAUUUUCACAGGAGCUAUAAGAGAAGUGAAAGAGGAAACUGGGAUUGAUACCGAAUUCUUGGAAGUUAUAGCUUUUAGGCACGCGCACAAUGUGGCUUUUGAAAAAUCGGACUUGUUCUUCAUCUGCAUGUUGAGACCAGUUUCAAGUGAGAUCAAGACCGAUGAUCUUGAAGUUCAAGCAGCCAAGUGGAUGGCGUUGACUGAGUUUGUUGAACAACCGUUAAUCAAAGGAGACAACAUGUUCAAGAAGAUCAUAGACAUGUGCAUUGCUAGGAUUGGGAAGCGCUACUGUGGAUUAGCUGUUCAUAAAGUCGUUUCCAAGUUUGACAACAGACUAUCUUCCUUGUAUUAUAACGUUGUUGACGAUCAAAAGUUUGAUGGUUGUUUGCAUGAUUCUUGCUCAACUUGAUUCAAUGUAUUCAAAGAUAUAUACACAUGUUUUAUCUGUAUGUGUUUACAUACUAGAAAGAGACUUGGGCAUGACAUGUAUAUUCAGCCAUAAAUGUAUAGAUGAUCAAUACAGUAUGUAUAUAUUUGUAUCUAUAUCUUAAUAUCC